AUGAAGCAGGUCACAAUUCAAUUGGACGUGGUAAUAGCUCUCCACUUGCUCUUCACCUGGUGCCAUGGAGGAAUUACAAAUAUACGCUGCUCUGGCCACCUCUGGGUAGAGCCAGCCACGGUUGUUAAGAUGGGUGUAAAUAUCUCUAUAUAUUGCCAAGCAGACAUUAAGAACUGCCAACCAAGAAGACUUAAUUUUUAUAAAAAUGGCAUAAAAGAAAGAUCUCCAAUCACAAGGAUUAACAACACAAGAGCUCGGCUUUGGUACAAAAACUUUCUGGACCCACAUGCAUCUAUGUACUGCACUGCUGAAUGUCCUGGACGUGUUCAAGAGACACUGAUAUGUGGAGAAGAUGUUUUUUCUGGGUAUCCACCAGAUGCUCCCAAGGAGGUCACCUGUGUCAUUUAUGAAUAUUCAGGCAACAUGACUUGUACAUGGAAUACUGGGAAGCUCACCUACAUAGACACCAAAUACAUGGUCUACUUGAAGAGUUUAGAGACAGAAGAAGAGCAACAGUAUCUUGCCACAAACUGUAUUAACAUCUCCAUGGACUCACUGCAAGCAGGCAGGCAGUAUUUGGUUUGGGUUCAAGCUGCAAAUGCAUUAGGCGUGGAGGAGUCAGAACCACUCCAGAUCCAUCUGGAUGAUAUAGUGAUUCCUUCUGCAUCCAUCAUCUCAAGAGCUGAAACUAUAAAUGCUACAGUAGCCAAGACCAUAAUUCACUGGAAUAGUGAAACAAYAAUCGAAAAGGUUUCCUGUGAAAUGAGACAUAAGGCUACAACAAACCAAACUUGGAAUAUUAAAGAAUUUGACACCAACUUCACAUAUGUACAAAAAUCAGAAUUCUACUUGGAGCCAAACAUUAAGUAUGUAUUUCAAGUGAGAUGUCAAGCAACAGGUAAAAAGUACUGGCAACCCUGGAGUGCACCCUUUUUUUAUAAGACACCUGAAACAGUCUCCCAGGUCACACCAAAAUCUUUCCAAAGUGAUACUCGGAAUUCUGACCUUCUCAUUUCUUCCACCUUAAAAGGACACCUUACUUCUGACAACAGGCAAGACAUUGGACUUUUAUCGGGCAUGGUCUUCCUUGCUGUUAUGUUGUCAAUUCUCUCUUUGAUUGGGAUAUUUAACAGAUCGCUCCGAACUGGAAUUAAAAGAAAAAUCUUAUUGCUGAUACCAAAGUGGCUUUAUGAAGAUAUACCGAAUAUGGAAAACAGUAAUGUUGUGAAAAUGCUUCAGGAAAAAAGUGAAUGUGUGACUAGCAAUUUCAGCGAAGAGGUCCUUUAUGUGGAUCCCAUGAUUACAGAAAUAAGGGAACUCCUUUUCCUGGGAGAGCACAAGCUCAGGGAUUGCCAGAAGGAAAAUACAGAGUCCCUGGAGACAAGAGACGGCCUGCCAAAGUCACUGUUCACCAGCAAUCCCAUUGUGUACCUUCCUGACCUCCACACCGGAUAUAAACCCCAGAUUUCAAAUUUUCUCCCUGAGGAGCAACAUCUUAGCAAUAGCGAUGAACAGGACUUCUCAACCCCUACACAAGUCGAUUUCUUGGACCUGGAAAGGAAUAUGAGGUUAAAAAAAUAUCCUAACUUUGGUUUUUCUGUGUCAAGUCUGAAUUCGCGGAGCAACACGCUGGUUCUGGAAGAAUUAAGCCUCAUUUUAAAUCAGGGAGAAUGCAGCAGUCCUCCUGACCUACAAAACCCAGCGGAGGGGGAAACCAGCAUGUUUUUGGAAAACAAGUCACCCAGUGAUCCCGUUCUGGAACAGACCCUGCUGCCUGAUGAAUUUGUUUCCUGUUUGGGGAUCAUGGAUGAGGAGGAGUUGCCAUCUAUCAACUCUUAUUUUCCACAAAAUAUCUUGGAAAAACACAUCAAUAGGAUUUCAUUCUUGGAAAAGUAA